AGUGGAACACAGUAUCUAGAGUCUCUUAAGGUGUUGGUUAGUUAGCAGAAUUAGCUUUUCGGGGUGUGUGUGUGUAAAACGUUUGUCAUAAAAGAACCAGCCCGAGAGUGUUGAUAGAAGUAUUUGGGAAAUCUUUAGCGUGGAUACCCGGGGUAAAUAUAUCACGUCGUGUGUGUCUUGUUUUGUUUUGUUUUGGUUUUUUUAAGUUAGUGAGCUAUUCAGUGGCUGUGUGAAACCGUCAGCUUAGCCGGCUAAGCAGGAUAGUUGAGUUAGCGGACAGCACAAGACAGAGAAGAGACAUGGGGUCCAGAGCAUCGUCCCUACUCCGAGAGGAGGACAUCGAGGAGAUUAAAAAGGAAACUGGCUUCUCGCACAGUCAGAUCACUCGCCUCUACAGCCGAUUCCACAGCCUGGACAAGGGCGAGAACGGUGCUCUCAGCCGUGAAGACUUCCAAAGAAUUCCAGAGCUGGCCAUCAACCCUCUUGGUGAUCGGAUCAUUAAUGCCUUCUUCCCAGAGGGAGAGGAUCAGGUGAACUUCCGAGGAUUCAUGCGGACGCUGGCGCACUUCCGGCCCAUCGAAGACAACGAGAAGAACAAAGACCCGAACGUCGAGCCGCUCAACAGCAGGACCAACAAACUGCAGUUUGCCUUCCGUCUCUAUGACCUGGACCGAGAUGAUAAAAUCUCUCGAGAUGAGCUACUCCAGGUGCUGCGGAUGAUGGUGGGUGUGAAUAUUUCCGACGAGCAGUUGGGCAGCAUCGCAGACCGGACCAUCCAGGAGGCGGAUACCAACGGAGACAUGUGCAUCUCCUUCAGCGAGUUCAUCAAGGUGUUGGAGAAAGUUGACGUUGAGCAGAAGAUGAGCAUUCGCUUCUUGCACUGAAGCACCACUCGCUUCUCGCCGGACCCGACUCUAAUCCGAGGCCGUUUGCGCCAUGUGGAAUCCGCCGCCGCUGGUCCGUCGCAUUUCGGCCUCCUCCUGCUCCUAUUCCUCGUCUUACGGGCAUCGUCGCUUUUGUCUUUUUCUGUUCGUUUCUUCUGUCAAAUCAUCGCUCGCAAUCACACUCGCAUUGUUGUUUGGAUCAAAGGGAACUUUCACGUACCUUCAGUUGUUGAACCGGUCAGCCUGGCUGUAAUCGUAUUUAUUCUGGACAAUUCCUGGUUCGAACCCGGCUCGCUUAUUGUUCCGUUCAACAUAGCGAUGGAGUAAUUUGACCACCUGUCGUCGAUUAUCGUAUUCAGAGCCGAAUCUGUUGUUUGUUUGUUUUGUUUUGUUUUUUAAAUGUGAUCCGUCUGUCUUAAUCAACUUAACUCUCACUCCAAAAACAACCUUCAGCUUGACACUUUUCUUUACGGUUUUUUUUUUUUUUCUUUUCUUCUUGUCUUUAAUAUUGUGCUCAAGAUAUGUGAUUGUGAGACAUUUGCACAUUUCCCAAAAAAAAAAAAAAAAGUUUUCAUAACCGUAUUUCUGUAUAUCUGGGAGACGAGAUCAGCAAAGGAAGUAUUGAGAUAAAGGCUUAUUGUGGCGUCUUUUCUCUCCGGAUUUGACUGAACAUUUCCUGAAAGCAUUCCGACGCGUUCGGCUUGACAUUUAGCUCGUAUUUUAAGACCACAUGGUACGUGUGUUCGAGCCGACCGAUAGGAUUACAACCUGAGAUAAAUAAAUGAAUGAAUAUUUUCCUCCUCAGGUUAUAAUCCUGUCUGUCGGCUCGAACUAGCAGUGCGAUGUUGGUCGUUUAGUUAAACGAUGGCAUUGACCGCCGAGUCUGAUGGCCUUUUGAUUCACACAGUCGUAUAAACUGCUUUCUCAGUUUAGCGAGAAAUCGAGGUUCAGUAGGCUGCACUGUCCAAGCCUUCACACAGCUCAGCACUGUUGAUUUGUGCUGUUUCAUCAACUGCCUCAAGUGAUCAAAUGUUAAUUUAUUUUGCGUACGCUACCAUAAUCGCGUCACUGCUGAUUAUGAAAAUUCUCUUCCUUGUAUAUUAGUUCAUCAGGAUUUGCUGGUUCUCUCUUCAUGCAUACGUCGGUGUAAUGUUCUAGAUAGUCGCUGAUAAUGAUUGUGGGUUUGUAACUUUUAAGAGAUGGACUGGAAAUUAAUGUCAUUAUUUUACUACUCAGUGGGGUUUAUUAGUUAUAUAUUCUGUCAUACAGAUAUUAUAGGGAAAGUAAGAAAGAAAGUAUAAUUUUUUUUUUUUUUUUUUGGUCAAAUAAAAAUUUAAGUGCCAUA